GAUGGUUGAGGGUCAGAGGAGCUUUGUGAAGGACCCAACAGGCGCUUGGAUAAAGAAAGAAAAGCUCAACUGACGCGCUGAAAUGUUGCAUGUUUUCGUUUUGUCUAAAAACCCAGGCUCAGACUGAGUUUGGGAACUGUGCGUGUUUUAGCGGUGGUUCCGGAGCGACAUGGCCGCGCAACGCGUUCCCCUGAGCGGCUGCUCUCAGCACUCUGACCCGGGCUCGAACAGCGAGCGGAGCGCUGAUUCUCCUCUACCCGCCUCGGAGAGCGACUCGAGCGGCCACGUGUCUCCGCCCGACCCGGACUGGACCGAGGAGAGGUUCCGUGUGGACCGAAAGAGAUUAGAAACCCUGUUAUUAGCAGCCAGCGAGGGGCGAGUCAUCGGAGGAGAUGAUUUUUUCCAAAAGAUCAUGGAUGAAACAAGCACACAGAUCGCCUGGCCUUCCAAACUCAAAAUUGGAGCCAAAUCCAAAAAAGACCCUCACAUUAAGGUCAGCGGAAGGAGAGAUGAUGUGAGAGAAGCAAAAGAAAGGAUCCUGUCUGUUCUCGACACGAAGAGUAAACGUGUGACGCUGAAGAUGGACGUGUCGCACACUGAACACUCGCACGUGAUCGGGAAGGGAGGCAACAACAUCAAGCGUGUGAUGGAGGAGACGGGCUGCCACAUCCACUUCCCUGACUCCAACAGGAACAGCCAGGGGGAGAAGAGUAACCAGGUGUCUAUAGCAGGACAGCCAGCAGGAGUUGAAACAGCCAGGGCUAAAAUCCGGGAGUUGAUGUCAUUAGUGUUGAUGUUCGAGUGCGGGGGAUUUAUCGAGUCUCUCGACCUCGGCUCUCCAGUAAUCCAGCACAUCGCACAGUCUUGCGGCGUCACCAUUACGUGCAAGCCACCUUCCCAUAUAUACGGCAACACGGUCGUCGUCCGCGGCAACCAAAGCAACGCCGCAGCAGUCAAGCGUGGUGCGGCUCUGCUGUUGGAUCACCUGGCUGGCUCCAUGUCUGGCUCAGUAACGGUCAGCACUCAGCUGGACAUCGCACCUCAACACCAUCUGAGUCUGCUGGGCCGAAACGCCGCCAACCUCAAACACAUCAGUCAGCGCACCGGCGCUCAUAUCCACUUCCCCGACCCCAGCACGGCCUCACACACUCACGCUCACACACGCCGCUCCAGCAUCUACAUUCAGGGCAGCAUCGACGCCGUGUGUGAUGCCAGACAGCAGCUCAUGGGCUGCUUGCCACUGGUUUUAAUGUUUGACAUUAAGGAGGAGGCUGAGAUCGAACCCCAGUGCAUCGCAACUCUUAUGGAGCAGUUAGACGUCUUCAUCAGCAUUAAACCCAAACCCAAACAACCCAGCAAGUCUGUGAUUGUAAAGAGCGUGGAGAGAAAUGCGAUGAACAUGCACGAGGCACGCAGGCUACUCCUGGCUCUGGAGAGCGUGUUCGGAUCUCCUCACAGUCCCCCUGUUUCUUCUCCUUUUCCUCUCGGUACCAACAGCGUCCCUGUUAAUGACAACAGCUCCAGCGCAUCACUCCUCAACCCUGUUGGACUGGACGUCUUGGCCUCAGCUGGACUGGGACUAAGCACUCUCGGCCUCUUAGGUUCCCCAGAUCUCCCCGCUCAUAACGGCUCGUCUGAAUCGAACCCGGCUCUGAAUGGACUUAAUGAUGUAGUCGGGACAGUACAGAGCAGCAACCUUUCACACACCCUAUCUCCAUUACACGGGCCUUCCCUCUGGACCAACACUCCCACUACAUCAGCUAACACUGCAGGGUUCUCCUCUGUCCUGAUGUUGCAGUCUGUCUCUCAGGGUUCUCUCAGCGGUCUGCUGCUGUCCGGAGUCAACAGCUACUGCCAGAAUUACACACACAGUCCCUCUCUCACACACUCACACACUCACACUCCUUCACCCCCACCAGGACUGGCACCGAUACACAAACCAGUGAGCACAGGGCAACUCAAAACACACAUGCCUUCUAUGUACAGAGGGAUUUCAUCUGUGUCAUUAACUGAAUCCAUGCUUGGCCCCGCCCAUUGUGACCCAGCACAGGAAACUAAUGGACACAGCCAAUCAGAAGCUCUUUCAAACAAAUCUAGCUCUGAUGAAGGCUCUGACACGUUUGUUGAAGUGGGCAUGCCCAGGAGCCCAUCCCACUCAGCCAAUGGGAGCGAACUGAAGCAGAUGCUGGCUUCCUGUACAGUGUCAUCAGGGAAACGGCAGACUGUAGAACUGCUCCAAGGCACCAAGAAUUCACAUCUCCGAUCAGAGUGUCUUUUGUCUGAUGCUGAGCCUGACACUGUAGCUGAUAAGAGAGCACCAGGCAGCGAGAGAGCAGCAGAGAGGAACAGACUGGUCCCUCAUACACAGGCCUAUGACUAUGAACAGAAGAAGCUACUCGCCACGAAAGCCAUGCUGAAGAAACCAGUUGUGACUGAAGUUCGGACCCCGACCAACACAUGGAGCGGACUCGGUUUCUCCAAGUCCAUGCCUGCAGACAGCAUCAAGCAGCUCCGCAGAGGCAGCCAUACACCGUAUAAACCCUCAGUUAACACUGCGGGCACUUCUCUCUCAGCAUCAUGCACGGGCAACAGGGAGCCUCAUAGUAACAACGGUGAUGGAGAAAGCUGGUGCACGAGAAACGGUAGCUGUGUGAUUAACGGUGGUGCAGCAGCACAACACACAUUCCCCUCCACCAUAAGCACUUCUGACAGGAGCAAGAGCAGAACCGCCAUGGACCAGUACCUGAGCACCAGUAAUUAUAUGGAGUGCAUUUCGUUUAUGGGUGGCAGUAAGACGUCGUCUCUGAGCUCCUCUCUUAAAGGUACAGACCUGCCUGAGCUUUUCAGCACUCUGGGACUGGGCAAAUACACUGAUGUCUUCCAGCAGCAGGAGAUUGAUCUGCAGACGUUUGUCACGCUGACGGAUCCUGAUCUGAAGGAACUGGGAGUCACGACGUUUGGAGCACGUAGGAAAAUGCUGCUGGCGAUCUCAGAGCUGAAUAAGAGCCGACGGGAGCUUUUCGAGCCUUCGAACAUCCGCACGCUGUUCAUGGAGGGAGGAGUAAACAGCCGUCUGGCACGACACUUCCACGCCGAUGUGGCCAGCGUGAGCGGGCGCUGGUGAUUCAAAAAAAAAAACCACACAAGACAAUAAAAUCUAAUACCUCUGUGGUACUAGUUAAUGGUACCUCUACAUGGAUUACACUACACACCAACUUACUAAUGUGGAGAUUCUGAUCAUGUAGAGCAAAUCUUUUCUUUCUGUUCAAUCAGGCUGGAUAAUGUGGAAAGCCAUAAGGGUCAGUAAGGUCCAUAUUUUUUGCCACAAGUGCCAAAAAUGAAAACGUUGACUAUCUUCAGAGGCAGGUUGGGGAAUGUUGGCUGCUACUUUGUUGCCUUAGAGUGUAAAGUGUGUAAAAGUGUAAACCGAUGCAGCGUUAUUUACUGAAACGGUACGUUUAGUAUAAAGAAGCAGGCACACGUGGUUAAAUUAACUUUGGUACUCUUGCCUCCUCUGGCACAUUGAAGUAUCAGUAUUAAGCACUUUAAGAUAGCUUUACGUGUGUGUAUGUGCGCGCGCGUGUGUGUGUGUUGCAUCUAUUUUCAAAGCACUUACUAGUUGUCAGUGUUCGUAGUUCAAAGGUCACAGUUUAUGUUUGAGGCCUUGUUGUUUUGCUCAUAUUGAUGUUAUUCAUUGCUAUAAGGCUGCACUAUAAGGCUCCAGUGUAUAUUUAAUUUUAUUUUUGCUUUUUUUUAAUUUUGUAUUGUAAAUAUUAUUAUAUAUAUUACAUUUUCUUUGAGAAGCAUUAAUUUACAUUUUUUUUAUUGUCCUCUGGUUUUAGUUAUAAGUUCAUUUGUGGAUUUAUUAAUUUUUUUUUCCCCCAAUAUCCCUCCAGAUUUUCCAGGAAAAAAAAUCAUUCCAUGUUAUUAUCACUUUGGGACAUGUUCAUUUCUCUAGAUGCCUGCCAUCCCGUAAUAUACAUUAUUUUUGGCUUCAGAGUGAAGGUUAAGGAUUACAGGAAGUCUCGCUGUGUCCUAAACCACAUCUGCACCAUCAUUCUGUGUUUCUUUUCUUUUUUUUUUUUUUGUGAGUUGAGGUGGUCGUAAAGAUUUAUAGAAGGAGGUUCCUUUUGUAUUCUUUAUUAGCUACUUUAACCUCAUAGUGCUGAUGUAAUCGUAAUGAAGAAAAUGCCAGACACCAAAAAUGUCACUGCUAAAUUUUUUUUUUUAAAGAAUUAUCUAUAGACCUGGGGCACAUUUCCAUCCCAAACCAUGUUUUUAAUUAAUUCAGCACUCGGUUAGACUUUAUUUUAAAGAAACCUCGUAUAUUAAAUCAUUUCUAUAUGCAGUUGUGGAUUAAAAUCGUGUAUAGUGUAGGAUAAAUGAUGGUGAAAUGUAUUUGAAGUAAAUUAAAAUGAGGCUGUUUUUUGUAUUGUUUUGUUUUGAUUAUGUGUAUGGCUGGUCAUCCAUUAUUUUAUUUAGGGUUUUUUUUCCACUGUAUUAUCUAUCUUUAAUUUUUAAUUUUUUUUUAUUUUAUUUUUUUUUUUUUUUUACUUUGAAUAUUUCACUAUUUUUAUAAGUUGACCUAGGUUUGUUGUGUGUUUUUUAUUUUUUACAAAAUAAUUGAGGUUAAAGCCUUAUAGCCUUGGGAUUAUAAAGCGUAUGCGCGCUCUCUCUCUCUCUCGCUCUCUCUCUCUCUCUCUCUCUCUCUCUCUCCUUUGAGACGUAUUGCUUUAACAUCAUCCAUAAAUGCAUUCAUAAGCCACUUUGAAAACGUUUGCUAGCUUGUUCUCAUGACAGAUCUGAUUGUAUCAACAGGUUUUUUUUUUUAAUCUGGUUUUAGGUAAAACUUUCCAGAUGUCAACACGAGGGACCCGAAAUUUUGCUAAACAGCUCAUUUAUGAUAUCUACAUAAAUCUACAUACAGAUGUUUUAUUUAUUUGUUAUGGCGUUGAUAUUAAAUAUUCAGAUGACACGUGCGAGUUACAGAGAGCUGAACUCUGCCACACAGGACGCAUUGAUCAUUUACAGGAAGUUCUUUACUGCAUGAACAGCUGUGAUUGGAUUGGAAGACUUUGGUCUCCAGGGUGUUUUAUAAGAAGAAACUGUGAUUGGUGAUGUUUUAAGUAAUUCAUCAAUAUUCCUAAAGUGUUAAAGCAAUAAUUCUUCAAAGAUGUUUAAGUUGAUGGAGUGGACGUUUUUAAUUUUGGUUCUUUGGGUUUUUUUUUGUUGUUGUUUUUUUUUUUUUUGGUUUGGAGAUGGUCCAAAGAGUCAUAAAGGAGAACUUUCAGUACUUGCAAGAAUCAGACCAAAGUCAUGACUCUGAUUCACUUAAAGUUCCACAGGUUCUGUUUUUUAGCACAGUAAGAAGCAUGCAGCAUUGAUGCCUGUGCUGCAGACAGAUCAGCUCCUGAUCACAUCCUGUGGCAAAUAAUAAUAAUAAUAAAUAAUCAGAAUGUUCAGAAGAAGUUCCAUUGUGGUUUGGUUACCAGAAUUAAAAUAAACAUAUGCAAGCAAAGUUUUCUGAAUGAAUAUCUGAGUGUUUAUAAAUGUAUCACCUUGACAGCAUUGACAUUAAUCUAAUGAAAGAAUUUCAUAUCAAAGUGCAAUAAUUUGAUGCUUAAAUUCUUAGGA